CUAAAAAGCGGGACCAGCCGAUUCGAUCGGAAUUGUUGCCGAUGUGCAAACGGGGCAAACAUGAACUAUUCACAAUGACGGCACCAUCCAAACUUCGCCCUCUACUAAUCGCAUCCACUCCUCUGCUAAUGACACGGCGUAUUACAGCAGGCUCGUGAUGCCUCCUCGACUGCUAUUUGGGACGCCGCGGGCUCUGUCCCCACCAUCUGCCGUUUGGGUGCGAGUGCGGCUUCAGCGGAGGUUCGCCUCGAGCUCCGCAGACGCGCCGGAAGUCUACGAUGUUGUCUGCGUCGGUGGUGGACCGGCAGGACUGAGUCUGCUGGCGGGGUUGAAGGCGUCGCCAAUUACGAGUGGGCUCAAAGUUGCUCUCAUCGAGGGCCAGGACUUGCAAAAGAGUCGCCUGCAGAAGGAUGCAAGCUUGGAGAGCUUCUCGAAUAGAUGCAGCUCCCUCACCCCCGCUUCUGUGAGGAACCUCCAGGAAAUUGGAGCAUGGUCGCAUGUAAACACCUCACGAGUGCAGCCAUACCAGGAAAUGCAAGUGUGGGACGGAGUGACUGACGCGCGCAUAUCCUUCGACUGGGAUACAGCGAAGCCGUUCCUCUCCCCUCGUAAUCCAGCGAAGCCCACUACCAUCGCAUACAUGAUCGAAAAUGUGAACACCACAACGAUGCUCCUCAGCCGCCUGGAAGAGCUCGGCGGCGUCGACAUGUUCACCUCGACAAAGGUCAGUUCGAUCGAGCUAGGCACCGACACGGAGAAGAUGGACUUUUCGUCCUGGCCAAUACUCACCCUUUCAGACGGGAAGACAUUGGCGGCCCGGUUGCUCGUGGGGGCGGAUGGCGCAAACAGCCCAGUGCGGACGUUUGCAGACAUCGAGUCGCGAGGCUUCGACUAUGGCAGACACGGAGUAGUAGCAAGCCUGAAGAUCGAAAGCCAAGGUUGGGGCGGUCCUGAUCACAAGAUUGCGUACCAGCGCUUCCUGCCCACAGGGCCAAUCGCCAUGUUACCGCUUCCAGGCAACGCAUCUACUUUGGUAUGGAGCACGACACCUGAGCGUGCGGCGAAGCUCAAGGCACUGGCACCAAACGACUUCAUCGCCAUGGUCAACGCGGCCUUUAGGCUGUCUCCCACAGACCUCGAGUAUCUGCACACACUACCCUCAGGACAAGAGGAAGAAGUCGCUUGGAGAGAGAAACACACCCCUGUCAAGGAACGCACAAUACCAAUGCGGGUAACAGACGUUCAGGCUGACACUGUGGCAUCGUUCCCUCUUCGCAUGCGCCACGCAGACACCUACACUGGCGAGCGUGUCGCGCUGGUCGGCGAUGCAGCACACACCAUUCAUCCGCUAGCAGGUCAGGGGUUAAAUCAGGGGCAAGGCGAUGCAGCGGCUCUUGUUCGAACCAUUUCACACGCUGUGCAGACCGGGCAAGAUAUCGGAUCUACAUUAGCGCUGGAGAGCUACACCAGCGAGCGAUAUGCAGAGAACAACGCUAUGUUGGGCGUGUGCGAUAAGUUACAUCGACUGUACAGUGUAGAAUCGGGGCCAAUUGUGGGACUUCGGAGCUUGGGUUUGAGGGCUGUAGACGCCAUGGGCCCGUUGAAAAACUUCUUCAUGAGCAAGGCGGCAGGUGGCACGUAGCGUGUUGCAUGGUUGUGCACUGUAUAUCUACUUGUAUACCUAGAACUCGAAAAUAAAUGAUCCAAUGCAAGUUCAGGG